CUGCUCCUCACACUUAGGCAGCCAGCCCACAAGCUCCCCAGCCUCCUGGAGUCCCGUACAGCCCAGUCCACAGUGUCUUUGCUCUGUGAGAAAGCAGGCAUGGAAUGCCUGAGAUCCCUGGCGGUCGUUGGCAAGUGAUGGACAAGACCUGCUUGACUAAGAAGCUCCCCAGGCCUGGCUGCUGACCUGAGGCCUGGCCACGUGUAGUGGAUCAUUCCACCUUCACCUAGACCUCGCUGCAGCUCCACCUCGCCAACCAGAACGUCUGCUGACAUGGCCUGGAGGUUGUUGCUCUUCUCUAUCGUGGCCCACUCAGGAUGCUGUACUCUCUGGGUAUCCCAACCCAGUGAGGUUCGGACCCAGGAGGGCACCACUGCCAUUCUGCCCUGCAGCUUCAAUGCCACCCCGGGGAGACUGGCCAUCGGCUCUGUCACGUGGUACCGAGAUAAGGCGGUUCCAGGGAAGGAAAUGAAGAAUGAAACCCCGGAGUUCAGGGGCCGCCUGGGCACUCUUGCCACUUCCCGAUUCUCCUAUGACCACCAGGCUGAACUCUACAUCUUGAACCUGCAAGGCCGUGACACCGGUGUCUAUGUGUGUAGGGUGGAGGUGUUGGGCCUGGGUGUUGGUACAGGGAACGGGACUCGGCUGGUGGUGCAGAAAGGUGAGGCAGCGAAGAACCCCGAAGCCCAGCGUCCCAUGGAGUCAGGAGCCCUCCUUUACCAAGCCCUUUAUCUCCAAGGUCCAGACCCUUCUCAGUUCCAGGCCAGCAUGGGCCUCCUCCUCCUCCGCGCUGCAUUGUACGCCUUCAGCUUUCUCCUCGUAGCCAUGGGCAGCACAUUCUACUACCAGGGGAAAUGCCACUGUCCCCUGGGAACACUGUGCUGCUCUUGAAUGGUCUCUGAGGAGUGACUCUAGACACCACACUGCUCCCCUGGCCUCAGGCUUCUUCAGGAGGCCCCAAUAAAUUUGUCUCUGGCUUGUCAAUACCUCCUGUGAGUCUCCUCAUGUGAGGACUUUUUGUUGACCACAUGUCCCAGAAUGCCUCUCUGCAGGUUGCGCUUUUUACCCUCACUUGGAAUGGUCCAAGGGGAUAGCUUCCCAGCAGCAGUUCCUGGAGGCCCCUCUCACCCCUGCUGUGGAGCUCAGACACCCCUGUCGCAGGCCCAGGGAGAGAAGUGUGAUCCCCAUUUAUUCCUACCCAGCCACUGCCCACUGUGGCCCAAACACCUAC